AUGACGGCCCCACCCCCGCCGCCGCCGCCGCACUACCACACCGCCGUGGCGGUGAAAACAAACUACGUGGUCGAGCACGCCGCCCCAUCGGCGGUGUGUCUCGUGCGCAAGAUCCAGACCUCGCCGUACCAGCCCCUGCCCGCGGAGCAGGUGCAGUCCGUGACGCUGCCGAACCUGCUUUCCCUGCGUCCCCCGCCGCACGUGGCGCACCAGGCGCUGAUGGACUUCUACUUCGCGAUGAACGGUCACUGCGGCAUCGACUGCUCCGACCCCUCCUCGCUGGACCUCAUCACGGUUGCCGUGCACGCACGCAACGCCGCGGGGGGCGCGGGCAGCCACGCCGAGGCCCAUGCGAUGGACGCCUCUCGGCCUCGCACUGGUGCCGCCCCGCCGUGCUAUCACGCGGCGGCUCCCGCGCCCGCGGCCCCGCUGGCGUCGUCCGCGUCUGGCACGGAUGGGAAGCAUGGCGGUAUGCCGCUUGCGCCAAACGAAGCGUCGUCUGUGAUGGACGACGGCGUGUACUCCCACACCCACCAGGCGCAACAGCAACAGCUGCCACCGCCGCCGCCACCGCCGCCGCGAGCCCACGCAGCGCCGUCCGUUUUGGGUACGCCGGUACUUCCCCCCACCUUUACGCCCUCCUCGUCGGAGGACUAUCGGCUGUCGCAGAUACGACGUAACGAGCGUCACGUGAACAAUGCGUUGUACGGCAAGGUAUGCGCCUUUUUUAAUACGCGGGAGGGGUGCAGGCGCGGGCCCUACUGCAACUUCCUCCACAUUGGCAAAGGAGGCGGAACCGGCGGCGGAGCUGCGCCUCCGCAAUUUCAUUGA